CUGCCGCUCACGAAGAAGAAGAAGCAGCAGAAGAAAAAGAGCAGGAGGAGAAGGAAGCUGCUGCUGGGCCGCGAUCAGCUGACUGGCAGCUAAAGCUAACAUGGCGUUCAUCACAGCCAACUGGAACCCGCUGGGAGAAGCUUUCUACCGGAAGACAGAGCUGUAUGAGAUGUGUUGGAGCCUCAGAGAUGGACUCAGAGACAGUCUGGUGGCUGCAGCUCCGUAUGGAGGACCCAUAGCUCUCCUCAGAGAACCUCUCAGACGUUCUCCAAGUUCUCGUCCUCAGUUGGAGAUUUAUUCUGCAUCUGGAGUCGGAAUCGCCAGCUUCCCUUGGAAGAGUGGUCCUGUGGUCCAUCUGGGUUGGACGGUCAGUGAUGAGCUGUUGUGCAUUCAGGAGGACGGAUCUGUUCUGAUCUACGACCUGUUCGGGUCCUUCAAGAGACACUUCAGUAUGGGACAGGAAGUGGUCCAGUCCCAGGUGUUGGAGGCCAAGGUGUUCCACUCUCCUUAUGGCACAGGUGUCGCCAUAGUAACAGGCUCCUCCCGCUUCACCUUGGCAACCAACAUUGAUGACCUGAAGCUCCGCAGGUUACCUGAAGUCCCAGGUCUCCAGGGGAAGCCAUCCUGCUGGGUGGUCCUGACUCAGGACAGACAGACCAAAGUCCUGCUGUCCAACGGUCAGGACCUCUACAUCCUGGACAACAUGUCCUGCACCGCUGUGGUCCCUCCAGGUCUCAGUCCUCAGGCUGGCAGUGUGGUCCACAUGUCCGUGUCUUUCAGUUACAAGUACCUGGCCCUCUUCACUGACUCGGGACACCUGUGGACAGGAACCUCCAACCUGCAGGAGAAACUGAGUGAAGUGGACACCAAGAAGACGACGUCCCCCAAACAGAUGGUCUGGUGUCGCAGACCAAAGAGUCAGCAGCCAUCUGUGGUUCUGAUGUGGGAUAGACUGCUCCUGGUGGCUGGAGUUUGUAAUGACACCAUCCAGUUUCCCAUCGAGGAUCCGUGUGUUCUGAUUGGAGAACUGGAUGGAGUUCGCAUCAUCAGCUCAACCAAUCAGGAGCUGCUGCAAGAGGUUCCUCUGGUCUGUCAGGACAUCUUCAAGAUCGCAUCCAUGGCUCCUGGAGCUCUGCUGCUGGAGGCCCACCGGGAGUAUGAGAAGCUGAGUCAGAAGGCUGAUGAGUACCUGAGGGAGAUCAAGGAGCAAAGCAUGCUGGGAGAAGCAGUCAAACAGUGUGUGGAGGCGGCGGGUCAUGAGUACGACACCAACACGCAGAAAUCCCUGAUGAGGGCGGCGUCCUUCGGGAAGUGCUUCCUGACAGACUUCAGUCCCGACCAGUUCGUGUCGACCUGCAGAGAGCUGCGUGUGCUGAAUGCCGUCAGAGAGAGCAGCGUGGGGCUGCCGCUCACACACGCUCAAUUCAAACAGAUGACUUUACAGGUGCUUAUUGACAGGUUGGUGUAUCGACAGUUUUAUCCGCUAGCGAUUGAAAUCUGUCGUUACCUGAAGAUUCCUGAUUAUCAGGGAGUCAGCAGAGUCCUCAAGCACUGGGCGUCAUGCAAGGUGCAGCAAAAGGACCUAUCAGACGAGGCCAUUGCCCGGGCGGUGUGUGUGAAGGUGGGAGACUCGCCUGGCGUCUCGUACUCGGACAUCGCAGCCAAAGCGUACGAAUGUGGACGCACCGAGCUCGCCAUCAAGCUGCUGGACUUCGAGGCUCGGUCCGGAGAGCAGGUUCCUCUGCUGCUGAAGAUGAAGAGGAGUCAGCUGGCUCUCAGCAAGGCCGUGGAGAGCGGAGACACCGACCUGGUGUACACGGUGGUGAACUACCUGAAGAACGAAAUGAACAGAGGAGACUUCUUCAUGACUCUAAGGAACCAGCCGGUCGCCUUGAGCCUCUACAGACAGUUCUGUAAGCUGCAGGAACAAGAAACUCUGAAGGAUCUCUACAACCAGGACGACAACCAUCAGGAGCUGGCCAACUACUACGUAGCCGCCAGCUAUAAGGAGAAGAGGUUAGAGAGCCGUCUGUCUCUCCUCCAGAGUGCAGUAGACGAGUACAACAAGGCCAAGAAUGAGUUUGCUGCCAAGGCCACCGAGGACGAGAUGCGUCUCCUCCGCUUCCAACGCAAACUGGACGACGAGAAAGGGGCGGGGCUUCUGGGACUGUCUCUACAGGCCACCAUGGAGGCUCUGCUGGCAUUGGGGCUCCACAAACAGGCUGAGCAGCUCUACAGAGACUUCAGAGUUCCUGACAAGAGAUAUUGGUGGCUGAAGCUGAAGUCUCUGGCAGAGAAGGAGGAGUGGGAGGAGUUAGAGAAGUUCUCAAAGAGCAAAAAGUCUCCUAUUGGCUACCUGGCCUUCGUUGAAGUUUGCAUAAAGUGUAACAACAAGUAUGAAGCUAAGAAGUACGUUUCCAAGGUGACACCUGAGCAGAAGGUCAAAGCUCACCUGGCCGUCAGUGACCUGGAGGGGGCAGCAGACGCCGCCAUCGAGCGCCGGAACGAGGCGGAGAUGGGCGCGGUCCUCUCCAGAUGCUCCGCCUCCGACCGCCUGGUGAUUGACAGGUUGAACAGGGCCAGAGCUGGAGCUGCCAAAAAGUGAUCCCCAUUCAGAGUGUAUGGAGGCAGACUGCUGCCAAAAGUGAUCCUCAGUUCAAUUAGUCAUCAAUACAACAUGUUACCAUAGCAACAAGACUGUCAGCACUGUUAUUUAUCAGCUGGUUGAUGAAUAAUCAGUGGUUAUCGAUCAGUAGUUAUUGAUCAGUGCUUAUUGAUCAGUAGUUAUCGAUCAGUGCUUAUUGAUCAGUAGUUAUUGAUCAGCUGAUUGAUCUGUGGUUAUCGAUCAGUGCUUAUUGAUCAGUAGUUAUUGAUCAGCUGAUUGAUCUGUGGUUAUCGAUCAGUGCUUAUUGAUCUGUGGUUAUCGAUCAGUGCUUAUUGAUCAGUAGUUAUCGAUCAGUGCUUAUUGAUCAGUAGUUAUCGAUCAGUACUUAUUGAUCACGUGUUCCUGAAUAAAGCCGUGCUCUGCUUCUCGUUCUGCAUCUUGUGUUCAAAGUUUACAUUUUAAAUGUUUAUUAUUAAAUUUUAUUUCACAUUA